CGCCUCCCCACUGCGCCUGCGCCCAUAUAUAACCGCCCAUCUCACCCCAAUCCCCUCGACAACCAUGCGCCCAUCCCUCCGCACCGCGACGCUCGCCGCUGCCCUCCGCACCACCACCACUACCCGCCCCCUCCUCCGUGCCGCCCCCCGCGCUACCACCGCCCCAGUUACCCGCGCACUCAGCGUCUCUGCAGUCAAAAUGUCCAACUGGCCCACCAAGAUCUCCAAGGAGAACCCUCUCGGUCUCGACGACCCCUCCCUCCUCAUCCAAGCCGGCAUCCUCAACGGCAAGCAGAUCCUCGCCGACUCUGGCAAGACGUUCACCGUCGAUGACCCGGCCACGGGCAACAUCAUCGGCCUCGUGCCCGAGAUGGGCGUCGCCGAGGCGCGCCGCGCCGUCGACGUCGCGUACGACACGUUCCAGACGUUCAAGAAGACCUCCGCGCUCGAGCGCCAGCAGUACCUCCUCAAGCUGCACCAGCUGUUCCUCGACAACGCCAAGGACCUCGCGCGCCUGAUCGUGUGGGAGAACGGCAAGUCGUGGGCCGACGCGUUCGGCGAGGCAAACUACGCCGCGUCCUACAUCCUCUGGUACGCCGGCGAGGCGGUCCGCAUCUACGGCGAGACGGUGCCCUCGAGCAUCCCCGGAAACCGCAACUUUACGAUCAAGCAGCCCGUCGGUGUCGUCUCGCUGCUCGUCCCCUGGAACUUCCCUGCUGCGAUGAUCGCGCGCAAGGUCGCCCCUGUUAUUGCGACCGGCUGCACGUCGGUCGUCAAGGUGCCCUCCGAGACGCCGUUCACCAACCUCGCCAUCAUGGAGCUCGUCAAGCGCGCCGGCGUGCCCGACGGUGUCGUCAACGUCGUCACCACGCACGAGAACCUCCAGGAGGUCGGCAAGGAGCUCACCACCAACCCCAAGAUCAAGAAGGUGUCGUUCACUGGCUCGACGCGUGUCGGCAAGAUCCUCGCGGGUCAGUCGGCCUCGACGCUUAAGAAGAUGUCGCUCGAGCUGGGCGGCAACGCCCCGCUUAUUGUGUUUGAGGACGCCGACAUCCCCACCGCUGUUGCCGGCACGAUUGCGUCCAAGUUCCGCGGCUCGGGCCAGACGUGCGUGUGCGCCAACCGCAUCUACGUGCACGAGAAGAUCUACGACGAGUUUGCCGCCGCCCUCGCCGAGAAGGUUAAGCAGUUCAAGGUCGGCCCGGGCUUCGACGAGGGCGUGACCCACGGUCCUUUGAUCCACAAGCGCGCCGUCGAGAAGGUGCAGCAGCACAUUGACGACGCUGUGUCCAAGGGCGCCAAGAUCAUCGCUGGUGGCAAGUCUGGCCCCGGCAACAUCUUUGAGCCGACCGUGCUCGCCAACGUGGCCAACGACUGCCUCCUCACCGAGGAGGAGACGUUUGGCCCCCUCGCCGCGCUCAUCAAGUUCAGCACCGAGGCCGAGGUCAUCGAGCUCGCCAACGACACCGAGGUCGGCCUCGCCGGCUACUUCUUCUCCAAGGACGCCGACCGUAUCUGGCGCGUGGCCGAGGCGCUCGAGACCGGCAUGGUCGGCGCCAACACUGGCGCUAUUUCCUCCGCGUUCAUCCCCUUCGGCGGAUGGAAGGAGUCGGGUUACGGCAAGGAGGGCGGACACGAGGGCACCGACGAGUACCUCGUCAAGAAGGUCGUCAUUGUCGGCACCAACCUGUCGUAG